AUGAAGACUCUUGCAUGGAUCGGUAUCAUUAGCUGGCUUACUGGCAUUUCCCAAGCUACCAUUGUCAAACACGACGAUUGGUCUUUGGAUAACUGGGCCGAAGCUCAAAAGGGUGUCGCCUUUGGUCACCUUUUGGACAACAUCGGUGACAGCGGCAAAUACGCCAAAGACGUUGAUCCUGGUUGCAUUAUCGCAUCUCCUUCCAAAGAGAAUCCCAACUACUUUUACCAAUGGGUCCGCGAUAGUGCCAUUGUCAUCAUGAACCUUUGCGACAAGUUCCUCGAAGGCGACCAUAAGUUGGAGCCAAUCAUUCACAAGUACAUGGACGAGUCCAUUCGCUUGCAGAAAACACCUAAUCCCAGUGGUGAUUAUUACAACGGCGGACUUGGUGAGCCAAAGUUUAACACGGAUGGCUCUGCCUUCACCGAGCAAUGGGGCCGUCCUCAAAACGACUCCCCUGCUCUACGAGCAAUGGCAUUUAUGAAAUACCUUAAUUACCUCUUGGAAAACGGAGCAUCACCUUCUGAAUUCCCUCACUGGAUCGAAGCCGUUCUUGCCGACUUGGACUACACCGUGGCCCAUUGGAUGAACGAGUCCUUUGACCUUUGGGAAGAGGUGCAAGACAUUCAUUACUUUACCCUUACCGUUCAAAAGGCCGCUUUGGAGAACGGUGCGCACUUUGCUAAGCGCAUUGGUGCCGUUGACCAAGGUGUCUUAUACGAACGUGUUGUCUACUCGAUUCAAUUGAAGCUUGGCGAAUUCUGGAACCCUAAGAAGGGCUGGAUUGAUGCCUACAAGAACAGACCCGAGCGCAUGGGUCUCGAUUGUUCUACUCUUUUGGCUUCAAUUUACUCGAACCAAUUCGAUAUGCAAACACUUCCAACAUUGCUCUCAAUGCAACAAGUCAUGUCGAGAAUUUACCCUAUCAAUGCGGGUUACAAGUUUGCUAUGGGCCGUUACCCUGAAGAUAUCUACAAUGGCAUUGACAAAACUAUUGGCAACCCCUGGUUUAUUUGUACUAGUACUGCAGCCCAUGUCAUCUAUAAGGCUGUUGACUACUAUGACACUUAUGGCCUCCCUGAACUCACUGGCGCCAACAUUCACUUCUUCAUGCACUUUUCCGAGUAUGGUGAUCCUUACAACUGGCCUGUUGUCCGCAAAAACCUUUUGGCAUAUGCCGACAGAUUCUUGGAAGUCGUUGCUGAAUUUCAACUUCCUAACGGUUCGAUGUCCGAGCAAUUCUCCCGCGAGGAUGGUCACCAAAUGGGAGCUCGCGAUCUCUCUUGGAGUUACUCUUCUCUCCUUAGCACUCUUCGCGCUAGAGAGAAGGUCGUCAAGAAGCAUUAUCCCGAGCACAAGGGACGCAAGUGUAAGCUUGUUUGUGAACCUGAAGGAAUGUGGGAUCAUGAGCACAAGGAAAAUUGGGAACCUGAACACAAGGAACACUGCAAGCCUGAGGAUCAUAAACACAAGGAGCCUUGCAAACCUGAACAUCAUGAGCAUCACCAUGAACACAAGGAGCCCUGCAAGCCAGAACACAAGCCUGAGAAGCCUUGCAAGCCUGAGGAGCACUGCAAACCCGAGCCCAAGAAGCCUUGCAAGCCUGAGGAGCACUGCAAGCCUGUAGAGCCUUGCAAGCCCGAGCCCAAGAAGCCUUGCAAGCCUGAGGAGCACUGCAAACCCGAGCCCAAGAAGCCUUGCAAGCCUGAAGAGCCCAAGCCCAAGCCAGAAAAACCCUGCAAGCCCGAGGACCAUGACCAUAAGCACAAGCGCCCUUGCAAGCCCGGUGAGGAUGAGCACAAGGACAACUGUGAGCACAAGCGCCCCUGCAAGCCCGGUGAGGAUGAACACAAGGACAACUGUCAACACAAGCAUGACCACAAGGACGAGCACAAGCGCCCCUGCAAGCCCGGUGAGGACGAGCACAAGGACAACUGUGAACACAAGCGCCCUUGCAAGCCUGGUGAGGAUGAACACAAGAACAACUGCCAACACAAGCCUGACCACAAGGACGAGCACAAGCGCCCCUGCAAGCCCGGUGAGGACGAGCACAAGGACAACUGUGAACACAAGCGCCCUUGCAAGCCCGGUGAGGAUGAACACAAGAACAACUGCCAACACAAGCCUGACCACAAGGACGAGCACAAGCGCCCCUGCAAGCCCGGUGAGGAUGAACACAAGGACAACUGUGAGCACAAGCGCCCCUGCAAGCCCGGUGAGGAUGAGCACAAGAACAACUGCCAACACAAGCCUGACCACAAGGACGAGCACAAGCGCCCCUGCAAGCCCGGUGAGGACGAGCACAAGAACAACUGCCAACACAAGCCUGACCACAAGGACGAGCACAAGCGCCCCUGCAAGCCCGGUGAGGACGAGCACAAGGACAACUGUGAGCACAAGCGCCCCUGUAAGCCCGGUGAGGAUGAACACAAGAACAACUGUCAAUACAAGCACGACCAUGACCACGAGCCCAAGCGCCCCUGCAAGCCUGGCGAGGAUGAACACAAGAACAACUGUGAGUUCAAGCGCCCCUGCAAGCCCGGUGAGGAUGAACGCAAGAACAACUGUCAAUACAAGCACGACCAUGACCACGAGCCCAAGCGCCCCUGCAAGCCUGGCGAGGAUGAACACAAGAACAACUGUGAGUUCAAGCGCCCCUGCAAGCCCGGUGAGGAUGAACGCAAGAACAACUGCCAACACAAGCCUGACCACAAGGACGAGCACAAGGACGAGCACAAGCCUGACCACAAGGACGGACACAAGGACGAGCACAAGCCUGACCACAAGGACGGACACAAGGACGAGCACAAGCGCCCCUGCAAGCCUGGCGAGGACGAGCACAAGGACAACUGCGAGUUCAAGCGCCCCUGCAAGCCUGGUGAGGAUGAACGCAAGAACAACUGCGAGUUCAAGCGCCCCUGCAAGCCUGGUGAGGAUGAACGCAAGAACAACUGUGAGUUCAAGCGCCCCUGCAAGCCCGGUGAGGAUGAACGCAAGAACAACUGCGUGUUCAAGCAUGACCACAAGGACGAGCACAAGCAUGACCACAAGGACGAGCACAAGGACGAGCACAAGGACGAACACAAGGACGAGCACAAGCGCCCCUGCAAGCCUGGCGAGGACGAGCACAAGGACAACUGCGAGUUCAAGCAUGACCACGAGCACAAGCAUGACCACAAGGACGAGCACAAGCGCCCCUGCAAGCCUGGCGAGGAUGAGCACAAGGACAACUGCAAGUACAAGCAUGACCAUAAGGACGAGGACGGCCACGACCGCAUGAAGCCCAAGAACAAUGACCAUCAUGAAAAGCCUGAACACAACUAA